AUGGUUGAGGAGGGUUCGUUUCAAUUCGUUGAUCCCGUGUUGGAAGAACUCACAGGUAACAAGCUGGAGCUUGUAAGUCCCCUGGUGGAUGGCUUCCUUAAGGAGAUCGGACUCUCUAUUAAUGCAAAGCUCGCUCGCUCUAGAAUGACCGGUCUUAUGGCGCCCAUCAAUCUCUUUAUGCCAUUUCAAAUCUUUAAACAUAUCUGGGUUUUAGUAAAAGGCUACAGGGGAAGCGCGGACACAACCAAGAAUGGCGAGGAGAAUAACGCUAAUCCAAAGGCUCGACACUGCAAAAAAAUUUGGUCUCCCGCGAGAUUUAAAGGAGAGAAUUUUCUCAAGAAGCGGCACUUUGAGAAAAUCCCCGAGGAUGGUCGCGUGCUUCAAAGUUAUAGCGGCAAGUCAAUUGUUGUUGUUACACAAACUACGCCGCUUCAAAUGGUUUAUUCAACAAAACAACAAAGGGUAGUAACCAUAUUUUGCGUGCAGUGCUAUGAUCGAGAAGGAUUUGCAAAGGACUCAAAUUUGCAAAAGCUAUUGAAUUUGAACAUUAUCUGGCUUGACAGUUAA